ACACCCCCCUUCUUCUCAUGGGAGCACACAAAUCUGCAUGCACCAUCUCUUCUCCAGUUCAGGCCAUGGUCGCCCUCUACAUAUUACUCGGCCUUCUCCUCUCACACGCUCCUCCAAGCUCCUCUGCAACCGACGCUCUCACGGCGGGUCAAGUGCUCAUGGUCGGGGAUAAGCUCGUCUCAAGCAACGGCAAGUUCGCGUUCGGCUUCUUCCAGUUUCAGCCAGCAGCAAGUACCAUCAUUAGUAAGUCUACAACCCCCGUAUCCAACUGGUACCUCGGCAUAUGGUUCAACAAGAUACCUGUUUUUACUACCGUGUGGGUUGCCAAUAGGGAGGACCCAAUCCCCAAUAAUCCCAGCUGGCUCAACCAAACGCACUUCCAAAUCUCAAGCGAUGGCAAUCUUGUCAUCAUACACCAAGCCGCUGUAAUAUGGUCCACUCAUAUUGUAAGCAAUAAUAGGACACAAAACACUACUACUGGUGUACUCCUGGAGAACACAGGAAAUCUAGCCCUCACCUCAUCAUCUGCCCAAGUGUUGUGGCAGAGCUUCGACUACCCGACAGAUGUUUUGCUUCCCACCGGCAAGGUUGGCUGGAACAAAGUCACCGGUUUGAAUCGCCGGGGCAUCUCAAGGAAGAGCACCGUUGAUCCGGGGCUUGGCUCGUAUAGCAUAGAGCUAGAAACCAAUGGCAACGGGAUAAUCCUCAAGCGCCUACAACCCUCGGUAGUGUAUCGGGUUUAUGAACCCGAAACAUCAACCAUACUCAAACUUUUGCCAAGAAUCAAGAAGAUUCUACAGUUGGAUCCACGGACACAAGGUGUGGUUGUCCCAGAUUAUGUCAAUACCCCACAAGAGCAGUACUACACGUACACCUCACCAGAUGAAUCGUCUUCCUCAUUUCUCUCACUAGACAUCUCUGGACAGAUCAAGCUCAAUAUUUGGUCACGGGCUAACCAGUCUUGGCAAACAGUACUUGCCGACCCUGUUGAUGCCUGCACUCCAGCUGCAACAUGUGGUCCUUUCACGGUAUGCGACGGCACUACGCAAGCACCAUGUGUCUGCAUGAAGAACUUCACAAAGAAGUCCCCGCAACAUUGGGAGUUUGGUGAUCGAACACAAGGGUGCACCAGAAAUACACCGCUUUAUUGCACUAGUGACAAUAAGACGACAAGUUCAACGGACAUGUUCCACCCCAUUGCUCAUGUUACAUUGCCCUAUCACUCGCAAAGCAUAGACCUUGCUACUACUCAUAGCAAGUGUGAGGAAGCUUGUCUUAGCUCUUGCUCCUGCACUGCUUAUUCCUAUGACAAUAGAAAUUGCUCCGUCUGGCAUGGAAAAUUGCUUGGUGUCAGUCUUGAUGAUGGCAUUGAAAUUCAUUCUGAAGAUAUUCUUUACCUUCGGCUCGCAGCCAAAGAUCUGCCAACUUUGCCAAAGGACAAAAGAAAACCAAAUGUUGGAGUUAUCACUGCUGCAAGCAUUAGUAGUUUUGGGUUUCUGAUGCUCAUGAUGUUGCUAGCGAUUUGGAGGAAAAAACUUAGGUGGUCUAGUUUGUCAGUAUACGACAAUCAAGGCCCCAGUGGGAUUAUCACAUUUACAUACACUGAUUUAGCUCGUGCUACUAAAAACUUCUCUGAAAAGAUAGGAACGGGAGGUUUUGGUUCUGUAUACAAAGGAGUGUUAAGUGACUCAACUAUUAUAGCAGUGAAAAGGCUUGAUGGUACCCGUCAGGGAGAGAAGCAAUUCAGAGCCGAGGUGAGCACAAUUGGACUGAUCCAACAUGUCAACCUAGUGAAAUUGAUUGGUUUCUGCUGCCAAGGAGAUAACAGGUUGCUUGUAUAUGAACACAUGUUAAACGGGUCUCUUGAUAGUCAUCUAUUUCAGAGCGAUGGCGUUGUCCUAAAUUGGGAAACAAGGUACCAAAUAGUCCUAGGAAUGGCCAGAGGCUUGUCCUACUUGCAUCGGAGUUGUCGCGAGUGCAUCAUACACUGUGAUAUUAAGCCAGAAAACAUUCUUCUCGAUGCAUCAUUUUUUCCAAAAAUUGCAGACUUCGGGAUGGCAACGUUUAUUGGAAGGAAUUUUAGCCGAGUCUUGACCACAUUCAGAGGAACAAUAGGUUAUCUUGCCCCAGAGUGGCUUAGCGGAAUUGCUAUCACACCAAAAGUUGAUGUUUACAGCUUUGGCAUGGUACUGUUCGAGAUCAUAUCUGGAAGGAGAAAUUCAGCUGAAGAAAAUAGCGGCAUCAGUGAUCUUGUUGAAUAUUUUCCUAUCCAAGUAAUCAGGAAGCUUCAUGGGGAAGACAUGCAAAGUUUGGUGGACCCAAGGUUAGAAGGCAUGUUUGAUUUGGAAAAGGCUGAAAGGGUAUGCAAAGUAGCAUUAUGGUGCAUCCAAGAUAAUGAGUCUCAUCGUCCAACAAUGAGUGAAGUGGUUCAUGUUCUUGAGGGUCUCAACGAGAUUGAUCUGCUCCCGAUGCCAAGACUACUUGCAGCUAUAACUGAACGCCGCAAUGGAACUGAAACUUCAGUGUAGUAAUCUAGAAAUUAUUUUGCGGUCAAUGUACUUAUCUUUAUUUCGGAAAAUCUUUGUAUGGUGUAUUGGAAUUAAUGAAGGAAGGCAAGCUUGCAA